AUUAAACCGGAUGAAACGGUUCAGCCGAAAUCGAAACCCUACAUAAAUCCUGAAGUAGUACUACCGUCGUCUUCGUCUGGCAUCGGAAUAACAACCAUGAUGAAGUAACUCAUAUAGAUUCUAGCUAGGGUUUUCUUCAAACCACAGCAGCAAUGGCGAAGACUUCUGGCCUUUUUAACUUUCCCCCUUUUUCAUCUUCAUCUUCAUCUUCACCGUCGCCGUCGGCGGCUGCUGAUCCUAAAGCAUCUCCUCCGAUGCAAAAUGAGUCAGAGCGUGUUCGUAACGACAACCCCAGAACCACAUCCGCCGGCUUUGAUCCUGAGGCACUGGAAAGAGGUGCUGAAGCUGUUAAAAAAAUUGCCGCAUCUAAGGAACCCAAAAAGGUGUUUGAGCUGAUGAAGAAGCAGGAAGAGACUAGGCAGGCCGAAUUAGCAUCAAAAGUGGCAGAGUUCAAAGCAAUGCAAGCUCAGGCCGAAACUGAGAGGCAAAAAGUGAUAUACGAGGAACAGAAAAAGCUAGCUCAGCAACAAGCACAAAUAAAAUCACAGAUGGCUCGCUAUGAGGACGAGCUAGCAAGGAAAAGAAUGCAGACAGAAAAUGAGCAUCACAGAACAAGAAACCAAGAGCUUGUAAAAAUGCAAGAAGAAUCAUCUAUUAGGCAGGAACAAGCAAGAAGAGCAACGGAAGAGCAAAUUCAAGCACAGAAAAGACAAACAGAAAGAGAGAAAGCUGAGAUUGAGAGAGAAACAAUUAGGAUUAGGGCUAUGGCUGAAGCAGAAGGAAGAGCCCAUGAAGCUAAACUGGCAGAAGAUGUCAAUAAAAGGAUGCUCAUAGAACGUGCCAAUGCAGAAAGGGACAAAUGGGUUUCUGCAAUUAACACUACUUUUGAACACAUCGGAGGGGGGUUGCGUGCAAUAUUAACUGAUCAAAACAAGUUGGUAGUAGCUGUUGGGGGUGUCACAGCUCUUGCUGCCGGUAUCUACACAACAAGAGAAGGUGCUAGGGUGGUGUGGAGCUACGUGGACAGAAUAUUGGGACAGCCAUCAUUAAUCAGGGAAUCUUCUAGAGGCAAAUAUCCUUGGUCGGGUUUUCUUAAACGUACUCGCAGUCAGACUGGGAAUGGGAAUGCCUUUGGUGAAGUUAUUCUUAAUCCAUCCCUUCAGAAGAGAAUUCAGCAGUUAGCUAGUGCCACUGCUAAUACAAAAUCUCAUCAGGCACCAUUUAGAAAUAUGCUCUUUUAUGGCCCCCCAGGAACAGGGAAAACUAUGGCAGCCCGAGAAUUAGCAAAAAAAUCGGGACUCGAUUAUGCAUUAAUGACUGGUGGAGAUGUGGCACCACUAGGAUCCCAAGCUGUUACAAAAAUACAUCAAUUAUUUGAUUGGGCCAAAAAAUCCAAUAGGGGCCUAUUGCUUUUUAUUGAUGAAGCAGAUGCUUUUUUGUGCGAGCGGAACAAAACUUAUAUGAGUGAAGCUCAAAGGAGCGCCCUAAACGCGCUUCUGUUUCGAACGGGUGACCAGUCAAAGGACAUAGUCCUGGCUCUAGCCACAAACCGGCCUGGUGACCUUGACUCGGCCGUUGCAGACCGUAUUGAUGAAGUUUUAGAAUUCCCAUUACCUGGUGAAGAAGAAAGAUUUAAACUAUUAAAGCUUUAUUUAGAUAAAUAUAUUGCUAAAGCUGGUGCUAGAAAACCGGGGUUAUUUUCAAAGUUUUUUCAAAAGCAACAGCAGCAGAUUGAGAUCAAGGGUUUAACUGAUGACAUAAUUAAAGAAGCUGCUGCAAAAACCCAUGGAUUUUCAGGAAGAGAGAUUGCCAAACUUAUGGCAAGUGUACAAGCUGCUGUUUAUGGAAGUGAAAAUUGUGUUCUUGAUCCAGUUUUGUUUCGUGAAGUGGUUGAUUAUAAAGUUGCAGAACAUCAGCAGAGGCAGAAGCUGGCCGCUAUUGACAGUGCUGGAGGUGCCGGUAAUUAGUUGUUUGGCGUUUGGUGGGUUAUCUGCUUUUGGGUGCAUCUGAAAAAAAGAGUUUUAUUGAUAUAAUAGUUUUACAAUUUAGGAAGAUGUGUCUUUCGUUUGUAGGCAAGAUUCAUGGUAAUAAGAUAAAGAGGUUUUUUCGUAUGCUUUGGUUAUGAUAAUCAAUCGACUGCCAAAUAUUUUGAUCUAUAUUUGUUUUGUUCAGUGUUUA